AUGGAUAAUACUCUUCUUGCUCAAGAUAUUGUCAAAGGCUAUGGGAGAAAUUCUAUUUCUCCAAGGUGUGCUAUCAAGAUUGAUCUUCAAAAGGCUUUUGAUUCUCUUGGCUGGGAUUCCUUUCUUCCAUUCUCAAAGCUAUUGAUUUGCCUCCUUUUUUUCAUUCAUGGAUUGAAACUUGUUACAAUGGAGCUAAAUACUCAAUCUCAUUCAAUGCUUCUUAAUCUUGUUGCUGCCAGAGGAGUUUUUGGUUAUCAUCCUAAAUGUAAAAAAGUUGGGCUCACUCAUCUUACUUUUUCUGAUGACCUUCUAAUCUUCUGCAAAGGAAAUAUAGAGUCCAUUGUCGGAGUUAUCUCUGUUCUCCAUAAAUUUCAUGAAAUCUCUGGGCUUCAACUUAAUGUGGCUAAAUCUGAAAUCUUUGCAGCAGGUAUUUCUCCAAGGAAUCUAGAAAUCAUCAAGAACUUUACUGGUUUUAAAAUCGGUCUUUUACCAGUGAGAUAUCUUGGGGUUCCUCUUGUUUCUAGGAAACUCUCUGUUAAGGAUUUUCUUCCCUGA